AUGUCGAAUACAACAAUGAUAUCAACAGCAUCAAUAGCUCUUAAUUUUAUUUCACUCAUUGGAACUAUUCUUAUUGGUCUAAUGUCUGCAUUCAUGCUUACAUUAUUAGCCUUUGCACUUGUAGCCGUACCAACCAAUAUUGAUACAGUACAAGGUGAUUAUAAUUUUUACAUUGCUAAGGAAACAUUGGGCUGUCGUAUUAAAGCAUAUAUGUUCUAUUCAUUCAUAGCAAUCAUUUUUAAUACCUUUACGUUACAGGCUGCCUUUCGUUUCGUUCGUGUGGUCUAUCCUUCCCAUAUAUGGUUACAAUAUGGUGUUACUUACGCUGUGAUUAUUCCAAUUUUGUGGAUUAUUUCAUUUCUUUUUCUUUUACCAGUUCAUUUUUGGCAUGAUCUACAACUUAUACCUACAGAAAAUAUUUGCCUACUAACUAUUGAUGGUGUUCGUGGAUUUAUUUGGUGUACUUUAGUUAUUUAUGGUCUACCAGUGAUUAUGACCUGCAUUAUUUAUAUACAACUGCUCCGAUUUAUACGUCGAUCAUCUACGCCUACUUCAAUACGAGCUAAACGUGAUGUGAUUGUAGUAUCUCGUAUUGUAAUAAUUGUAGUUAUUUUAAUACUGAUUGAUGCUCCUUCUAUUGUGUUGAAAUUAAUAUUACCUUGUACUGGUAUCGGAAAAUCACUUUUUUAUCGUAUUUCGAAUACGACUAUAGUCAUUGCUAUGACUGCUCUUAGCAUUAUGCUCGUCUAUGUCACUCCUCAAGUGACAGAAGUACUCGUAUGCAUUGGGAAAGCAAGUAAAGUAACUGGUAUACAUACACGACAACAAUGUAUGUUAGCUACCACAAAAAUCAAGCAUUGA